AUGGCGGCGGGGGCGGCGGCGGCGGCGGGGGUGGCGGCUGGGGGAGGCCGGUGCCCCGAGGUGCCGUCCGCCUCCUUCCUCACGGCGCUGCUGUCGCUGCUCGUGUCCGCGCCCCGACUUCUGCUGCCGCCCCCGCCGCCGCCGCCCGGGGAGCCCGAGGUGCCGCUGCCCCCCUCGGGCCUGGCCCUGCGGCCUGCGGCCUUACGGCGNNCCUUCUCAGUUUACAGGCUGAUAACCUACAUUUUGGUCUAUGAGCAUCCCCUCUCCUUGCUCUCUGGCAUCGUGAUCAUCUGGCGCUUUGCUGGCAGCUUUGAGAAGAGUGUGGGCACUGUGCGCCACAGUUUCUUCACCUUGGUCUUCGCUUUCUUUUCUGCCCUUCUCUUCGUCCUGCUUGAAACCCUAUGGGCUCUGGCUGGCUUUGGAGGAGUAGAAGACCCCAGGGGUUUCACUCCAGUAGCCUUUGCCAUGUUAGGGGUCAGCUCCAUCCGCACUAGAAUGAGAAGAACGUUAUUCUUUGGGGUCCCUGUAUCUGCCUCCGUGAUACCUUGGAUCCUUUUGUUUGCCUCCUGGUUUAUUCCCCAAACCUCUUUCCUCAGCAACAUUUGUGGACUCUCCAUUGGCUUUAUUUAUGGUCUUGGGUACUGUUCGUGCCUUGAUCUCUCUGAGUCAGUUGCUCUGAAACUAGAUGAGAAGUUCCCCUUCAGUCUGUUGAGGCGGGCCAAGCUGCUCAACUAUGUUUCUGGAUCCUCUGUUGAAAGAAGAGCUAUCCAGAACAGGAAGAUUAAUCCAGUCCCAGGAUCCUACCCUACACAGAGUUAUCACUCUUACCCUAUGCCGACCCUCCAGGUCAUUCAGAUGCAGCAGUAUGACAACACCCAGAGCUUGGGACCCUGGCCAAACAAUGAUCCCCGGAACCCACCUGCCCCACCUCCCUACCACCACCCGGCUUCUGGCCAGUUUUAUGGACAGAGCCACUUGGGCAGUGCUCCUGCCUCCUCUAACUUCUACCCCGAUGUCUCCUGCCCUUCCCAGGGGAGCUGCUCGCCACAAUCUCCAGUCUGCCAAGGGCCAGGGCACCCGACCUUGGGCGACUGCGCAGUCUCAGCGCCCACGGAGGGGGCAAGGGUCCAGAUCCACUGACGGACUCUCAAGGAGAGCAGCCUCAACUCACCACCUCUGAGUCCUUGACCAGUUAAGAUUUUCCUCAAGAACAGCCACAAGGAGACUUCAUGGGUGAAGCCACCCCAGCAGCCUAUCCCUUCUGGGCUAAAACUCCUAUGUGGUCACUGGUUGCAUCUCUUUAGCUUUUCUCUUUGGUGUUUUGCCCAAUAACCCUUGUGUGUGUAUAUAUGUGUGUGUACCUUUGCCCUUAUGGAAGCUCCAAGCUGGGGUACCUUUCUUCAUUUCUCAGACCAUCACACCAUAUUCUCCCAAACCUCUUCUGGCCUGGAGCUAAUGAUCUAGGUCAAUGUAAAUUUUAUAGUAAAGCAUGAUCCCUGGAGUUUGGACCAAUGUACUGUGUUAAUUAUUUUUUAUUAAAAACAUAAAGCUCCAACCCAGGUGCUUGACA